GGACAAACACUAUGCAUAAGUCAUCUAUAAUACUGUCCGUGGGUGCGAGGUGCGACUGAGCGACGGAGGUAGGGUACACCUCGGGCUCGGCUCGGCUAUCUCGCGUAGCGUGAAUAGGCGCCCAAGUCGUAGCCACAAUCAAGUCCUUCUGUCCUCCAAUCUGUCUCGCAUCCAGGUGUUAGAACCCUCGGUCCUUGCAAAGCUUCCGUCGCUGUCGCCCGACCACCAAUCACUGUCGACCUCACGAAGAAUGGAGUCUGCAGACGCACAUUCCCCAUGCGAAAGCCUCAGUACCUGCAAUACCGUCGACAGUGCGAGUACUGCAUAUUCAACUGAAUCGGAGAAACCGAACGUCGCUCGUACACGCUGCCUACCCCUUCCUCACGUCGGCGACUUCCAACUGGCCCACGAGGAAGCUUCGGAGAUCGAGUUGCCUGCCAGUACACAUUACAUGACGGAGGACAACCAUGAGUCUUCGCCAACUAGCCGUCUACCGUACCAGGGGUACGACGAGCACAACGACGACAUGCACGUCGUGGGCUCCCCUUUGCCAGAGGAUGCACCUGCCGGUGCUAGUCCAGACGACGGUAGCUCGCCGGGGAGCGAAGCGAUGGACCACGCUACGAACCACCCGGUGCUGGGCGUAGAGGAUCCCGAGCCUGACGCGGACUACGCCAAGAUCUUGCGGAAGGAGUCCGAUAGGUGGGCAUUCAAAUGGGAGGGGUUCAGGAAGUCCAAGGAGCUUGACCAGAUGGACACGCCUGCGGUGGUCGCCACCCUGAUCGAUGACCCAAUGAGAUACCUUGAAGGCACUCCAGGUCUGCUAUUCGCGCCCUUGGAGGAUAACGCGGCGAUCGACGUGGGGCCGGACUUGCCAACAUUGGCUGGAAUUCCCGAGCUCUGCGGAUUGGAAGACGAGGGCGGUCGUUCGUUGAUGGACGAGAUCAUGCUGGAGAUAGACAUGGCGAUGGCUGAGUGGUCGACGAACAACCUCUGACGCGGUCCUCCGCGAUCACGAGCGAGACUAGUGUGGAGUUUAGCAUGGAGAGGUCCGAGGUGGAACAUGGAGACAAGCGUACAUGGAUUGGAGUGUUGGGCUGUUCCUUGAUGGUUCGUUGGUCGGAUAUGUUGCGCUCUAUUGUGCAUAAUUCUGGACGGCGCAUGGUUGU